CUCGGGCUGCGCUGAUUGGUGCAAAUGUAAUGGCUGAAAUUGAUUGCUGAAAUGCAAAACUUGUUGCUGCUUCUCCCGGCCUGGGCGAGAGGCAGACGCCGAGAGGGGAGCCGAGACCCUCGGAACGCCCCACGCAGAGCACGCCCCCCGCCAGCCGGGAGAGGGGUGCGUGGACCCCCUCAGAGCUGCCCCCGCCCCCCUCCCCAUUCCGGGCUUGGAGAGCGCAGCCGGAACGCCUUUAAGUCGGCUAGCCCAGCGUGUCCCCCACAACCGUGUACGCCCCCUUCCCCGAGUCUGAGGGGCACUCGAGAAGCACCUCCGCACGGAGGCAGGGAAACCGAGCGUUGGAGCGACCCAACCCCUCGUCUUGCUGCCCGCCUGCGCCUGGAACAGGGCGUAGAGACCCCCGCGAACUCAGAGACGAACAGCAGAGGAUCCAAGCGGCAGGCGGCGGACGUGGCCGCGCAGCGGAGAGCCGGGGUGCAGCGCACCCGCCACGGAGCCGGGGAGCCGCGCAUUCUCCCAACCUUUGGCUCCAGCCCCCCGGCACCCGCCGCCUCCCCAGCCUCGCUGCGCCCUUGGCUUGGGGGCCCGCACCAGUGAUGCCGAGCGGAGCCUCCAGUCCUCCGACCCGCUGAAGAAGCAGUAGACGCUUGCUCGGGGUCGGCGGGGACUGUGCGAGCGGAUCGUGCUUGGCGGAGGCUAGGGCUGCGGAGCGCGGGGACUCCGGGGGGAGGGGUAAGGGACAGUUCCAUCCAUGCCCGGGCGCCAGCCACGGCUUUGAAGGGUCUUCCUGCCCUGUCCCUUAGCAGCUCUGCCGAGGACUCCGGGAGGCUGCGGGAGGCGUCCUGGGCACCCUACCUGACCCUACCGGCCUUAAGAAGCUCCUUUCCUUCCCCGCAAACCCACUCGCGGCUGUGCCAACCGCCGGGGCAUGGGCCCCCCAACACGGCUCUUGGAGGCCCCGCGGCGCCGCAAGAUGUGAGAGGCCCGCGUCGGGCAGAGCCAGAGCUUCGGGAGAGGAGCUGAUAGCCCCCAGCCUCCACACGCCGGGCGAGGUGGCGGUGCGCGCGGCGCCCCCGCGGUGCUGAGCGUCCCGGAGCGCCCAACCCAGGGCCGGAAAGAUUAGCUGGCCGGAGGCGCGCCGCGGAGAGCAGGCUGUCAUGCCCUAUUGAUCCCCCCGCCCCCCUCGCCAAGUAUGUUUGGGCUGGACCAAUUUGAGCCCCAGAUCAACAGCAGGAACGCUGGCCAGGGCGAGAGGAACUUUAACGAGGCCGGACUAAGCAUGAACGCCCACUUUAAGGCCCCGGCUUUCCACGCGGGGGGACCGCCUGGACCCGUGGACCCUGCCAUGAGCGCCCUGGGCGAGCCCCCGAUCUUGGGCAUGAACAUGGAGCCUUACGGCUUCCACGCGCGCGGCCACUCGGAGUUGCACGCGGGGGGGCUGCAGGCGCAGCCGGUGCACGGAUUCUUUGGGGGCCAGCAGCCGCACCACGGCCACCCGGGAGGCCAUCAUCCCCACCAACACCACCCUCACUUCGGGGGCAACUUCGGCGGCCCGGACCCAGGGGCCUCGUGCCUGCACGGGGGUCGCCUGCUCGGCUACGGCGGCGCCGCCGGCGGCCUGGGUAGCCAGCCGCCCUUUGCAGAGGGUUAUGAUCACAUGGCGGAGAGCCAGGGGCCUGAGAGCUUCGGCCCGCAGCGCCCCGGGAACCUCCCGGACUUCCACAGUUCGGGCGCCUCGGGCCACGCCGUGCCUGCCCCGUGCUUGCCGCUGGACCAGAGCCCUAACCGAGCCGCCUCCUUCCACGGCCUGCCCGCCUCCAGCGGUUCCGAUUCCCACAGCCUGGAGCCCCGGAGAGUGGCAAACCAAGGAGCCGUCGACUCGCUGGAAUACAAUUACCCUGGCGAGGCGCCCUCGGGACAUUUCGACAUGUUUUCGCCUUCCGAUUCUGAGGGGCAGCUGCCUCAUUAUGCGGCGGGUCGCCAGGUUCCCGGGGGCUCUUUCCCGGGCGCCUCGGCCCUGCCCAGAACUGCAGGAAUGGUGGGCUUGUCCAAAAUGCACGCACAGCAGUCGCAGCAGCCGCAGCCGCCUCAGCAGCCGCCUCAGCAGCAGCCGCCUCAGCAGCACGGAGUGUUCUUCGAGAGGUUCGGCGGGGCCCGUAAGAUGCCCGUGGGUCUGGAGCCCGGCGUAGGCUCUAGGCACCCGUUAAUGCAGCCUCCCCAGCAGGCCCCGCCGCCCCCGCAGCAGCAGCCCCCGCAGCAGCCGCAGCAGCCGCCACCGCCGCAGCCACCGCCGCCCGGGCUUCUGGUCCGACAAAAUUCGUGCCCUCCUGGGCUCCCGCGGCCCCAGCAGGGCGAGGCGGGCACGCCCAGCGGCGGCCUGCAGGACGGGGGCCCCAUGCUGCCCAGCCAGCACGCGCAGUUCGAGUACCCCAUCCACCGGCUGGAGAACCGGAGCAUGCACCCUUACUCCGAGCCUGUGUUCAACAUGCAGCACCCCCCUCCGCAGCAGGCGCCCAACCAGCGGCUGCAGCAUUUCGACGCCCCCCCCUACAUGAACGUGGCCAAGAGGCCGCGCUUUGACUUCCCGGCCAGCGCGGGAGUGGACCGCUGCGCGUCGUGGAACGGCAACAUGCACAAUGGCGCUCUGGACAACCACCUCUCGCCGUCUGCCUACUCGGGCCUACCCGGCGAGUUCACGCCGCCUGUGCCCGACAGCUUCCCCUCAGGGCCACCCCUGCAGCAUCCAGCCCCGGAGCCCCAGUCCCUGCAGCAGCAGCGCCAAAACGCGGCCCUCAUGAUCAAGCAGAUGGCGUCGCGGAACCAGCAGCAGCGGCUGCGCCAGCCCGGCCUGGCCCAGCUCGGCCACCCCGGGGACGUGGGCCAGGGAGGCCUGGUGCACAGCGGCCCGGUGGGCAGCUUGGCCCAGCCGAACUUUGAGCGCGAAAGCGGCGGCGCGGGCGCGGGGCGCCUGGGCACCUUCGAGCAGCAGGCGCCUCACUUGGCGCAGGAGAGCGCGUGGUUCCCAGGUCCGCACCCGCCGCCGGGUGACCUGCUGCCCCGCAGGAUGGGCGGCUCGGGCCUGCCCGCUGACUGCGGCCCCCACGACCCCGGCCUGGCGCCGCCCCCUCCACCCGCUGGCUCCGGGGUGCUGUUCCGGGGCCCUCUGCAGGAGCCGCUGAGGAUGCCCGGAGAGGGCCACGUGCCCGCGCUGCCCUCCCCCGGCCUGCAGUUCGGGGGCAGUCUGGCCGGCCUGGGCCAACUGCAGUCGCCCGGGGCUGGGGUGGGGCUGCCCAGCGCUCCCUCCGAGCGCCGGCCCCCGCCACCGGAUUUCACUGCGCCCGCGCUUGGGGGCCAGCCUGGCUUCCCCUUUGGCGCGGCGAACCGGCAGUCCACGCCGCACAGCGGCCCCGGCGUGAACUCGCCCCCGAGCGCGGGCGGGGGUGGUGGCGGCACGGGCGGCGGCGGCGGCGGGGGCGGCGGGGGCACCUACCAGCCGCAGCCUGAUUUCCAGCCCAGCCAGCGCACCUCGGCCAGCAAGCUGGGCGCGCUUUCGCUGGGCUCUUUCAACAAGCCCAGCUCCAAGGACAACCUGUUCGGCCAGAGCUGCCUGGCUGCUCUCUCCACCGCCUGCCAGAAUAUGAUCGCCAGCCUCGGGGCCCCCAACCUCAACGUGACCUUCAACAAGAAGAACCCGCCCGAGGGCAAGAGGAAACUGAGCCAGAACGAGACCGACAGCGCGGCUGUGGCCGGCAACCCGGGCUCGGAUUACUUCCCCGGAGGGACUGCCCCUGGGGCCCCAGGGCCCGGAGGCUCGUCGGGGACCAGCAGCAGCGGCUCCAAAGCCUCGGGGCCGCCCAACCCACCCGCCCAGGGGGACGGCACCAGCCUCUCCCCCAACUACACCCUGGAAUCUACGUCUGGGAAUGAUGGCAAGCCGGUUCCCGGGGGCGGCGGCCGGGGACGGGGUCGCAGAAAAAGGGACAGUGGUCACGUGAGCCCCGGCACCUUCUACGACAAGUACUCAGCAGCGCCUGACAGCGGGGGCGCGCCUGGGGUGAGCCCGGGGCAGCAGCAGGCGCCUGGCGUGGCCGUCGGGGGAAGCUCCGCAGGCGAGGCGCGCGGUGCACCGACGCCUCACGAAAAAGCGCUCACGUCGCCGUCGUGGGGGAAAGGGGCCGAGUUGCUUUUGGGGGACCAGCCGGACCUCAUGGCGUCCCUGGACGGUGGGGCCAAGUCGGACGGAAGUUCCCCGCACGUGGGAGAGUUCGCCUCGGACGAGGUGAGCACGAGCUAUGCCAAUGAGGACGAGGUGUCAUCCAGCUCCGACAACCCCGUGGCCCUGGCCAAAGCGAGUAGGAGCCCCCUGGUGACAGGCUCGCCCAAACUCCCUCCUCGUGGGGUGGGUGCCGGGGAGCACGGACCGAAGGCGCCCCCGCCUGCGCUCGGCCUGGGCAUCAUGUCUACCUCUACCUCGACCCCUGACAGCUAUGGCGGCGGGGGAACGGGCCAUCCGGGCACUCCCGGCCUGGAGCAGGUCCGGACCCCAACGAGCAGCAGUGGUGCGCCGCCACCCGACGAGAUCCACCCCCUGGAGAUCCUCCAGGCACAGAUCCAGCUACAGAGGCAGCAGUUCAGUAUCUCUGAGGACCAGCCUCUGGGGCUCAAGGGUGGCAAGAAGGGUGAGUGUGCUGUCGGGUCCUCGGGCGCACAGAAUGGCGACAGCGAGCUGGGCAGCUGCUGCUCUGAGGCGGUCAAGAGCGCCAUGAGCACCAUUGACCUGGACUCGCUGAUGGCAGAGCACAGCGCCACCUGGUACAUGCCCACUGACAAGGCCUUGGUGGACGGCUCGGACGACGACAAGACGCUGGCACCCUGGGAGAAGGCCAAACCCCAGAACCCCAACAGCAAAGAAGCCCAUGACCUCCCAGUGAACAAGGCCUCGGCCACCCAGCCUGGCAGCCACUUGCAGUGCCUGUCUGUCCACUGCACAGACGACGUGGGCGAUGCCAAGGCCCGAGCCUCCGUGCCCACCUGGCGGUCCCUGCACUCCGACAUUUCCAACAGAUUCGGGACAUUUGUGGCUGCCCUGACUUGAAUUGACAAGAAAUACACCCUCCCCCCACCAGGCCCUUCCCUCUGCCCGUCUCUCCCCUCCCCUCUCAACCUGCUCCCACGCCACCCUGUUAAUUCGAAAGGGCCACUAUUGCUGAGUGGAUGAUUUUUUUUUUCUAGGUUGCUACCUGCUUAGUGGCAUAUGGACCGGAAAGGGUUAAUUUAAAGGGAAAAAAAAAAAACCUCAAAAAAAUUUUUAAAAAAGAAACUCGUCUGCCACAGUAUGUUACCAGUGUUAACUCUUCUGCAGUUAGCAAACUUUUGCUUAAGCCUUUUUCCUGCUAGAAAUUCCCAAUUUCUGUAAUCUUGGCAUACAUUUUUUUAGAUGACCUCUUUCCUUGUUUUAUUUUCAUGCUGCUGUAUGUCCAAGUAUUGUUAUUUCAUAAUAAGACAAAAGUUGCUUUCCUUAUUCUCUUUUAUUCUUGUUCCUCCCCCCUCUACUUUUUUUUUUUUUUUUUUUUGCUUUUUGCUUUGUUCACUGCUUAUUAAAAUGGAAAUCUUGGAGAAUAGUAGUUCUGGAAUAUUGCCGGGUGAAAGUCGAAUUGUCAUCACAAUGUUAUAUAUUGACACCCAACUGUCAUCAGUCAGGCAGGAGCCAAACAAUUAAUGCCCCCCUUAGGUAUUUCCCUGGGAUUUUGUUUUGUCUGUUCCCUAAGAAAAUAGAGAUAAUGCAUUUUCGUUCCUGCAAACACACACUCAGCCUCCAGCCCCAUUCUCUCUUCUGCUGGAAGCUGCCCCUCUCUGCAGCAGGGCAAUGACGUGUCCAGCCUGCUCUGUGGGAAGGAGCCGGAAUGUUCGACAGUGGUGUUUUCUCUCCUUUUCUGGACCUCUGCACAAAUGCCCAGGCUCUGGAUUUUCACGCUGUGCGAAGCCGCCCCGGUCUGCAUGGGGGGAUGGUGCCCUUCCAGCUUGCACAGUCCCUGGGGGCUCCAGGAUCCCGCCCUGCUGCAGCCAGGCUGGCUGGGUUUUGGGUGCCCAAGUUGGGGGACGAGGAUCCGUUCUCAGCCCUUGACCUUUCCUGACAGCUGUUCCCAGCCAGGCGUGGGAAAGAAGGAGGUGGGGCUGGGUGUAUCUUCCCCACCUCUCCCAUUCUGCCCCCACUGCCCAUCUACUUUCCCACCUCCAACCUGGGCAAACCCCCACCAUCUCCUGGAGGGUCUAGACUUUGGCCAGCACUUUUUCAAGGGGCUCAUUCAGUGAAGGAGCCCUCAGGCUCAGCCUGCCAAGCCCCCCUUCUCUGAGCCUGGGUGUGUUUCUCUGCAGGGGGUUGCAGACUUCUGGGUGCUAAGGAGGGAGAAAGAGAAUACAACCAAUGACUUUGAUUCCUGGGCCCUUUUUUUUUCCAGCCCCUGAAAUUCCCCCACCCGCCCUUUUGAUUUUAUCUCACCCUGUUGCAAAACUAGAGCCACAUCCCAUUCAUCUAACAAAGGAAUAGCUACUCUUGUGAGCAGAGGUGAGGGGGCAGCUGUGCGAACAGGGCAGCAGAGAGCAGGGCUCCUGGACCCAGCUGAGGCCUGUUACUGGUCAUCCUAGAGCAGUGGUCACUGGAGGCCCGGUGUCGGCAGGGUGGGCACCUCUGGGUGCUGUUGAUGCCUGCAGAGGGCUUGCAUGGCUCUUGGGGGUAGGGAGGGGGGCACACAGAUUCCAGGGUGGGCCAGACAAGAAGUGACGGAUACCGCUUCACCCAGAUGGGUGACUCUCCUCUUUUAUUUCGGUUUUUGUUAAUGAACAUGUCUUACAAAAUGCUCCAUUUUGAGCCUUGUGCCCCCUGCCCCCAACCAGGUCCCCAGUGUACCCGGCUUUUUUUUAGCAAGUGACUUGAAGGCUUUGGGCUCACUGUACAACACCCACAUUGUUUAUUUCAAAGACCUUUUCAGCAAAAGGAGGAGAGCGUCCAGAAAAGUCUUGCUCUUUCCUUUCCCUCCUCCUCCCCUUCGUUUCUCCAGGCCCUCGUGGCUCGGGUCUGAGUCUAGACGGUCCUGCUUGCCUGCACCAUCUGACCUGGGCCCGGCUCCAGCCCGCAGAGGGCAGGCAGAGCAGGUGCUGUGAAUUAGUCAGCAAGGUGUGAGCUGACAGUCCCUGUGCUCUGCCACCAAAGGAGAGAGAAGGGGAGAGAAUCUGCUCCCUGCCCUGGGCUGCAGGAGAAUCGGCCACAGUCUGAGCAAAAUGUCAUGCCCCCUCUGAUUCUGCAACGUACAGCUGUUUGAGAGCUUCAUCAUUUUAUUUUUUAAACAGGAAUGAUUUCUCCUUAAUUGCUUAAGGCCGGGGAGCCACACUUCUUGACUUCUGUCUCUGACUUUCCCUGCAUCGAGUCCAUCAGCACUUGGCCGACAGCUUGUGGUCCUAGCAGCCUCGGAAACCCUGAAGUUUUAAACUUUCUUGCUCCCCACGACCCCAGAAUGGAACAGCUUUAAAAAUAGCCUUAAGCAAAAGGAUGUUAUUUCAUUAAAUUUGGUUUAAUGGAAAGAAUAAAAGCAAAUUAAAAACACACCUGACCCACAAGACUCCCAACACUGGUAAUCGGUACAACUCUUCGGGAAAGAAAACGAAAACGUUAUUGCACAUGUAAAAUAUGAAAACUUAACUCUGCUGUGUGUUAGGCAAUCCUGUAAUCUUUUUUGACUCUUAAAAGAAAUUCAUUUCUGAAAUGCUUGGUUGGAAGACUGUGACAAUAGCUCAUGAAAUUGAGUGUUAUUUUUUUUCUUUCUUUUUUAAAAAAAUAUGUAAAGUGCAGUCUUCUGUAUUCAUGCAUACUGUAUAUACCUGUAUAUGUUUUCCUGAGCAGCUAAAUAACAAUAAAUAUGACGUUAAUGGUGA